AUGGUUCUGAAGGUACUUGCACUGGCUUCACUUGUGGUCACCACCAUCGCUCGUCCAGAUGGUCAGCCGAUUUAUAGCUACUCCGCUCCCACACCCGCUUAUUCACCAGCUAAGUACGACUUCAACUACGCCGUAAACGACCCACCAUCUGGUAACGACUUUGGUCACCAGGAAGCCCGUGACGGUGACAACACACAGGGAUCCUACUACGUCCUUCUUCCCUUUCCGAAAGUUACAUAUACUGUGAACGGAGACUCCAGUUACGUGACUGAUGUCACCUACGAGGGCGAGGCUCAAUAUCCCAGCCACCUACCCCCCCUUCUUGCGCUUAAGGAAUAA